GCCACACGUGUUUGUGUUUACAUUUCGGAAUUUCAAAAACUGUGCGAAAUGUUGGCCAAAAAACGGAAAUUCGGUGCAUCCUCAGAGGAGGAGAAAGAUGAAACACAGAAUGCACCUCAUACCAUUCAGGCACGCCUGAUUUCAGACACAGGAGAGGAGGCUGGCCCACCCAUUGAGCUGCCGGCAGGCGUGACUGCCCAACAAUUGGGAUUGAUUUGCAAUGCUUUGCUGAAAAACGAAGAGAGCACUCCCUACUUGUUUUUUGUGGGCGAUGAUGAGAUAAAAAAAUCCUUGGAGCAAACUCUGGACUUGACCCAAGUGGACACAGAAAAUGUACUGGAUAUUGUCUAUCAACCGCAAGCUGUAUUCAAAGUGCGUCCCGUGACCAGAUGCACAAGUUCCAUGCCCGGGCAUGCAGAGGCCAUUGUCUCCCUUUCAUUUAGCCCAAAUGGUAAGCACUUGGCCAGUGGAAGUGGCGACACAACCGUUCGCCUUUGGGACUUAACCACCGAGACCCCACAUUACACAUGCUCCGGCCAUAAACAGUGGGUGCUUUGCGUCUCCUGGUCUCCAGAUGGUGAGCUACUUGCCAGUGCCUGCAAAGCAGGGCAGAUAAUAAUAUGGGAUCCAGAGACAGGACAGCAAAAAGGUCGUCCCUUGACUGGGCACAAGAAGCAUAUAAAUUGCCUCAGCUGGGAGCCGUAUCAUCAAAAUGUGGAAUGCAGAAAAUUGGCCUCCGCGAGUAGUGACGGUGAUUGUCGGGUUUGGGAUGUGAAAUUGGGUCAAUGUCUGCUAAAUAUUGCUGGACAUACGAACGCUGUUACUGCUGUGCGAUGGGGUGGAGCAGGUCUCAUAUAUACCUCAUCAAAGGAUCGAUCGAUCAAGAUGUGGAGAGCUGCUGAUGGAAUCUUAUGUCGCACUUUUACCGGACAUGCCCAUUGGGUGAACAAUUUGGCCUUAAGUACGGACUAUGUGUUGCGCACAGGACCCUUUGAACCCGUCAAGAAAUUCAACAAGGACAACUACAACAAUCUAGACACCGAACAGCGACAAGCACUGGCCUUGAAACGGUUCCAAGCCGUUUGUCCCGAUGAUGUGGAAUCUUUUGUCUCCUGUUCGGACGAUAAUACCCUAUAUUUGUGGCGCAAUAAUCAAAACAAAUGUGUGACAAGGCUCACGGGCCAUCAGAAUGUGGUAAACGAUGUGAAAUAUUCGCCAGAUGUCAAGCUUAUUGCCUCCGCCUCGUUUGACAAAUCCGUGCGACUUUGGCGUGCCCAUGACGGUCAGUUUCUGGCCACAUUCCGUGGUCACGUUCAAGCUGUCUAUACCUUGGCCUGGUCCGCCGAUUCCCGUUUAAUUGUCUCAGGCAGUAAGGACUCCACCUUAAAGGUUUGGAGCGUGCAAACGAAAAAAUUGGCUCAAGAGCUGCCUGGACAUGCUGACGAGGUGUUCGGCGUUGAUUGGGCUCCCGAUGGCUCGCGUGUUGCCUCUGGAGGCAAGGACAAAGUGAUCAAGUUGUGGGCCUAUUAAAUAGAAAUUUCUUUGUACAUUCAAUAACAACCAACAAUUUGUUUUUAACUAAAA